AUGCUUCCCUCGGUGGAGCUCCUCUGUACGCGUCCGGCCGGAAACUCGAUCCUCCGGUGCUCAUGGUUCCGCCCGGACUUCCGUGGCCCCUGGCUUCCACUCCGGCUUCCGGUUGAGAAGUCUGCAGAAAUGGCUAUGGGUACCGUGGGCUUGGGGCUAGUGGACUGUCACUGCCAUCUCUCCGCCCCGGACUUUAACAGCGAUCUGGAUGCUGUGUUGGAGAGAGCCAAGAAGGCUAAUGUUAUGGCCCUUGUAGCAGUUGCUGAACAUGCAGGAGAAUUUGAAAGGAUUAUGCAACUUUCAGAAAGGUAUACUGGAUUCAUCCUGCCAUGUCUGGGAGUUCACCCAGUUCAAGAACUUUCACCAGAAAAACCAAGAAGUGUGACAUUAAAGGAUCUGGAUGUAGCUUUGCCUAUUAUUGAGAAUUACAAGGAUCGGUUGUUGGCAAUUGGAGAGGUGGGACUAGACUUCUCCCCCAGGGUUGCAGGCACUGAUGAAGAGAAGGAAGAACAAAGACAGGUCCUGAUCAGACAGGUCCAAUUGGCCAAAAGACUAAAUGUGCCUUUAAAUGUGCACUCGCGUUCAGCAGGAAGACCCACCAUCAACCUCUUACGUGAACAAGGUGCUGAACAGGUCCUGCUGCAUGCAUUCGAUGGUCGGCCAUCGGUAGCCAUGGAAGGAGUAAGGGCGGGUUACUACUUCUCAAUCCCACCGUCCAUCGUGAGAAGUGGACAGAAGCAGAAGCUUGUGAAACAGCUGCCUUUAAGCUCUAUCUGCUUAGAGACAGAUUCACCUGCACUGGGACCAGAAAAACUGACACGGAAUGAGCCCUGCAACAUUUCCAUUUCAGCAGAAUUCAUUGCCCAAGUGAAAGGGAUCUCAGUGGAAGAAGUCCAAGAAGUGACAACACAGAAUGCAUUAAAACUGUUUCCCAGGCUUCGGUACCUGCUCCAGAAAUAGCUUCAAAACCACCCACUGCCCGGCCAAGUCAGCUCAGGGCCGCACUGGGGAAAGCAAGCGUUGGCUUUAAUGGUCUGACAUGAGGAAGCCGGUUUAUAUGGAGAGCAGUCAUAGUUUUACAGAAAUGUUUCUCUUUAAAACAAAUUCUGGGCUGGAGAGACGGCCCAGCCACUAAGAGCACUCAUUUGCUGCUCUUCCAGAGGACUCAUGCAGUUCCCAGCACCCACGGUGGGUGGGUUGCAACUGCCUGCGGCUCCCUCCAACUCCAGAAGAUGCAGCCCCUCUCUGGCCUCCUCUGGCACUAGCACACACGCGGCAUACCCUACACAGACACACGUAAACAUGAAUAUAAAUAAUAAUCAUUUCUUAAAACUUUAUAAAAAGAAAUUUGGCUUGGCUGCUGAAACCCUGGGUUCCAACUUUCAAUUAGCCAAGUCCUGGAGCAGACUGGGAAAACACCACAGACACGCUAGCUUCCAGAGUUAUUGCCCACUUGAGGGAGGAAAGCCUCAAGGGACCCCUCCCCCGCCGCCGCCCCAACCCUGCUUUCCCCCACUUAACCACAGGCUUAUGGAAGAUGCUCCAUGGAGUGGGAGAGCAGUGGAAGAGAUAUCUAGAUAGAGGGAGACGUCAUGGGGUAGGGAGAAACCUGGUGCUAGGGAAGCUCCCAGGAAUCCACAAGGAUGACCCCAGCUUAGAUCAUUAGCAAUGGUGGAGAGGGUGCCUGAGCCGGCUCACCCCAACUACUACCUACUGUCAUCAGAGAGCCUUCAUCCAGUAACUGAUGGAAGCAGAUCCAGAGAUCCACAGCCAAGCACUGGGCUGAGCUCUGGGAGUCCAGUCGAAGAGAGAAGAGGGGUUAUAUGAGCAAGGGGCAUCAAGAUCAUGAUGGGGAAAUCUACAGAGACAACUGAACCAAGCUUGUGGGAAUUCACCAACUCUAGACCGACAGCUGUGGAGCCUGCAUGGAACCGCACUAGGCCCUCUGCAUAUGAAAGAUAGUUGUGUAGCUUGGUCUGUUUGAAGGGCACCUGGCAGUGGGAUCAGAAUCUAUUCCUGGUGCAUGAGCAGACUUUUUGGAGCCCAUUACCUGUGGGGCUUAGUCCUGCCUCAACUGAAUGUACCAGGCUUUGCUGACUCCCCAGGGGAGGCCUUACCCUUUUGGAGGAAGGAAUGGGAGGUGGGUCAGGAGGGGGGAAGGCU